AUGUAAAAGGCUUCAGCUAUUUACGCUAAACAAAUUGCCAGAGCUUUAACUUCUUAAAACAAAGCAUACUUUGCAAGAUUUAUUAGAGGAAAUAAAUCUGGUAGUGCAUAAGAAAAGAAUGAUCUCAUAUUAGAGACAGUUGAUUCGAAUAAAGAAAUGAAAAAUAUGGAGCAUAAGUUCAAAAAACAACUAGAGGAGCAAAGCAAAGAUACUCCUAUCUCUGAUGAAGCGAUAAAAGCUGCUUACAAUAACAAUAUUUAGAACCAAGUUCGUAUAAAGAAAAGCAUGCCUAUAUCUUAGUAAAUAAAACUAUAGAGCAACAAGUCAGGCAAGAAAGUCUAUAAGAUAGACUCUGAGGAACAAGUAGAUUGGCUUAUCAAGCAAUUUAUACUGCCAGAAACCAAGAAGAAGAGCUAUAUUAGAUGGAAGGCUUAGCAAGACGAACUUAUCAAGAAUGGGGAACUACCAGCUGAUCUACAUGAGAGAUUGGAUUUCUUAGCCAAGAAAAACUAGUAAAAGGUUAAUAAGAUGAUCGAAGACUUCGAGCAUCUGGGUCAACCUUAUGAAGGAAUGGAAGAAGGAGAUGAAAUCAUUGUUGGUCCGAAAGAACUGGAGACAAUGAGCAAAGAAGAAAUAGAUAAAUUGAUUUAAGCUAAAAUAGGUAAAAUUGAAUACCCAAAGCCAACCUCUCUUGAAGAAAAACUGGCUAUUGAAGAGGAUAAGAUAGAUGACACUCUUGAGAGAGAAGUGCUUUCUGAAAUAGAGAGACUGGAAUCAACUGGUCUACUUGAUAGAUUAGAUAAAAAGAUACAAGAUAAAAAAAUAUAAAAUCAUAAAAAGGAUACCAGGGAGGAAUUAGCAUUUAUUUAGUAAAUAGAGGAAAAUUAAUAGAUUGAAGAUCCUGUUGAAGAGAGUUUAACUGAGAGCAUUUCAGAAAUCAAUGAAAAUCUUGAAGUUUCUGAAAUGGAAGAGAGGAGUAAAAAAUUUGAAUCAAUAAAAUCUUUACCUAACAAGAAAGAAUUAGACAAUUUUGAAAAGCCUAAAGAUGAAGAGAAAAAGCUUUUGAAUAAAUUGUCAAGAAAAGACAAAAAGAUAGAACCAACUAACAAGUAAUCUACUAAAGAUUCUUAGCUUUAAAUUAAGGACCAAAAUCAAAACUCUGAAAAUAAUUAGAUUUAGCAAAAAGAUCGAGUGUAGGAAAGGCUGCUUGACUUGUAUGCAACUGGAGAUUAAAGGUUAAAUAGUCAUGUUUUUGGCAAUAUUACUUUAAAGGACAUCGAUUUCUAAUCACCUGAGGUCUAUAAGAUGUUUUAGAUUAAAAGGCCUAGAGAGAAGAGAGAAAUCUUUACCUAUCAAAUGGAUAAACUCAAUAUACUAAUCAGUUUCUAUAAUCAACAAGACUUUGAGUAGAUUAAAUUCCAUAAACUAAACUCAGAUCAGAUAUUAGUCUUUAUGGGAAACAAAAACUUCUUGAAUGGAAGAUGCAGGAAAGAAAAAGUCAUUGAGGCUUUUCAUUUCUUGCAUAAGCACAGACAACUUAAGUUAUUCUCUGAAAGGAAGGAGAUCAAAGAUGCUAUCAGAUUAAUAGCUCUAGAUCAUAAAUUACUAGAAUAGCUUUCGCCUUAGAGUUAUGUAACUAGUUUUAUAUACUCAGUAAUGAAGAUGAAGAAUGAUGAUCCUUAAGUGUGGGCAUCACUAGCAAGUUAUAUAUCUAAGAACUAUCAACAUUUUGAUAUGAGAAACAUUUCGAAUAUAGUCUAUAGCUUGCACAAAAUUAGCGUUGGAAAACCAAUCCUCAUGAACUUUGAUGAUGUAUUCACUUAGUUAGAGCUACCUAUUAUAAUGAAGCUGGAUAAAGGAGAUGGAGAUCCUCAAAGUAUUGCAAACUCUAUAUUAGCUUACACUAAAUGCUAAAAUGGAUCUUUGCAAUUUUUCUAAGCAAUGGAAAAGCAUAUCAUAUCUUACAAAGAUAAAUUUAGCGCUUAGGAAUUAUCGAAUAUCCUAUAUAGUUAUUACAAGUCCAAAGAAUGUAGCAAAGAAAUCAUCAAAGAUCUAGAAGACACUGUAAUCCAGAAUCUCAAUCAUGCCUAGCCUAAAGAAUUAGUCUAAUUAUUAAUGGCAUUUGUAGAGACUGAUUAGAUGAGUCCAAAACUUUUAAGGCAUUUCGAGCAUGAAUUCAAGUCAAAGUUUGAGAUGAUGAAUGCUGAAGAUGUCAGCAAGUAUUAUUAUUGUUUCACCAAAGUAGGUCAUGAGUACAAGGCUGAAGGUAGAUUCUAUAAGUAUCUGCAAAAGGUCACUACUAAAUUGAUUGACACUUUUGAAGGACCCCAUCUGAGAUUCAUGUUUUACAAGUUUGAUGAUUAAACCAACAUGCGUUUAAAUACAGGAGUCAAAGGCAGACUUAUGGACAGAGCGACAGAUUUGAUUAAGCAGGAUAAGUUUGAUGGCUAUGAUCUAAAUCAGAUCUUCCUCAAUACUAACUAGUUACCACCUAACUCUCCUGGCAAGAGUAGACAUGAUUUCAACUACAAAUGCAUGAAGCAUCUUGAGAAGCUCAGGUAUUUCGUCAAUUGA